AUGGAAACACAUGUUCAGCAUGGCGUGGCGCACUUAACCGACUGUGUCGUCCGCCGGGCUUGGUCAGACGGAGAGCCCCGUGACCCUACAUUAAACCACCCGAGGAGGAGACACUCGUCUGGAAACAUCUCCACCACCCUGGAGAUGCUGCCGGGGCUGGAAGGCUUCCAGCUGGACACCUACGGCAGGUCGGUGUCGUACGCCCAGUUCCUCUACCCCACCAACGCUCUGGUGAGACACAAGCCGUCGUCCACCAGCGACCUGACGCUGCAGAUUCCCGUCUCCAGAAGCUCACACAGCAUGACGGGCCGCAGCUUUCCCCCCAGCCGCCUGAACAGCACCGUGGGCCUGGACCUGGGUCUGGAGGAUGUGACGGAUUACGACCCGAACGUCCUCAGUGAUCCUCAGUGGCCGUGUGGGAAACACAAGCGGGUUCUGAUCUUUGCCUCAUACAUGACGACGGUCAUAGAAUACGUGAAACCGUCCGACCUGAAGAAAGACAUGAACGAGACGUUUAAGGAGAAGUUUCCUCACGUUAAACUCACACUCAGCAAGAUCCGCAGUCUGAAGAGAGAGAUGAAGGUAGUGGGCGAGGACUGCUGCAUGCAACCCGUCACCAUCGCCAUGGCGUUCGUCUACUUUGAGAAGUUGGUGCUUCAGGGUCGACUCAACAAGCAGAACCGGAAGUUGGUGUCAGCUGCCUGCCUCCUACUGGCUGUUAAGAUCAGCAGUGACCUCAAGAAGCAGGAGGUCAAACACCUCAUUGAUAAGCUGGAGGAGCGUUUCAGGAUCGGCAGGAGGGAGCUGAUCUCCUUUGAGUUCACCAUCCUGGUUGCCCUGGAGAUGGCGCUCUACCUCCCCGAAAGUAAAGUCAUGCCUCAUUACAGACGGCUGGUGCAGCAGCAGCAGUUAUAGCAGUGAUCCCUCCUUCCUUCCUUCCUUCUCUCCUUCCUUCCCUCCCUCUGCGGACUCUCAGCACCUUCCAGCUCCACACUAUGACCGACGCAGACACCAAAGUU